AUGAAUCUUAAUUAUUCAAAGACUUCAAUACAUCUAGCUAAUUUUAUUGCUACAAUAUUUUAUAUAAUUUGUUUAACAUUAUUACCAAAUAGUUGUAAUGGUCAUGGAAGGCUGAUUGAGCCACCAAGUAGAGCAAGUGCAUGGCGUUAUGGUUUUCAAACUCCACCAAAUUAUAAUGAUCAUGAAUUGUACUGUGGCGGAUACCAAAGGCAAUGGAGCAAAAAUGGUGGAAAAUGUGGUGAAUGUGGUGAUGCCUGGGAUUUACCCAAACCUAGACCACAUGAAUUUGGUGGUAAAUGGGGACAAGGUGUUGUUGUUAGAAAAUAUAAUCCUGGUAGUGAAAUAACUAUUAGAGUUGAAUUAACUGCAAGUCAUAUGGGUUAUUUCGAAUUUAGAUUAUGUCCUGAAAUUAAAGCAAAACAAGACUGUUUAGACAAGAAUUUAUUAAAAAUAAUAACUGGAGUACCAUUAACACCAAUGCCGGAUGACCUAGACACCAGAUUUUAUCCAAGAAAUGGUAGCCGAAUUUAUGAAAUCAAAGCUAAAUUGCCAAAUGACAUGAAAUGUAAUCAUUGCGUAAUGCAAUGGCGAUAUGUUGCUGGCAAUAACUGGGGUAUGUGUGAUGAUGGUGUCGGUCAAGUUGGUUGCGGACCGCAAGAAGAAUUUCGAGCUUGUGCUGAUAUAUCAAUUGGUGAAACUGGUCGUGCUACAAUACGUCCAAUUAUACGGCCUGGUGUUAAAAUACCUACAACAAAAACUUCAACAAAAACAACAGAAAAGACACCAACAGAAGAAGAAACAACCAAAGAUACUACCACAAGCGAAGAAUUACCAGAAACAAUACCAUAUAUUGCUCCAAUUAUUAUUUUACUUACACUGCUUAUUGUUAUUUGUAUAUUGGCUACCAUUUAUUUGUAUUACUAUCAUGGCAAAAGAGUUAAAGAACUUUUACGCUGGCAACGUAGAAAAGAUGUUAAUGAAAAUUCAGAAAAUAAUGAAGAAUAUAAGAAUAAUUGUGAGAAAACAAAAUCACAUUUUUUCGCUCCAAUAAUUAUUAAUCCGCCUGUACCACCACCAAGAAACAAAAGACCAUCACAAUUUAAAAGUUUUACACCGGAACAAUCAAGUGUCGCUUAA